AUGUACAGCAUGCUGCUGAGACAGUGCUCAAGACAGAGAAGCGGUUGGAUUCGAGUCGUGUUUUUCGCCUUGAUUGGACAAUAUCCGAAGUUCUACAAGGCUUGCUGUGCGUUGAAUCCCGUGCUGAACAUUGCUUCCAUGUACGACACAACGGAUAUCACAGAUUGGACAUGGUAUGAGGGAACAGGAAACGAGCCAAGAUGGCAAAAGUUGCCAACUGCCGAAGAACGCGAUCAAAUGCACAGAUGCUCACCGAUUCAGCACGUAGAAAGG